AUGUCCGAGCGACGAAGCGCCACGUCGACAGGGGGAAACCGGUCGGGCGUCGGCGUCGGCGUCGGCGCCGAGCAUGCACCCAGCAUAAGCAUUCGUGCAGGCACGACGCUCAUGAAGAGUGUCUCCCUAUUCCUGACGAGCGGUCGCAAGGCAUCCGUCAACUCAAAACGACAGAAUUGCGCCGCAUCCGGCAAGAGCGAGUCGCCGAGGAGGAGACGUCGCAGAAGAAUGCCGGAGAGCGGGGGCGCGAGAAACUCUGCAUACAUUGUCAAAGUGAUCGAGUCUCUUAAAAAAAAAACGAGGUUCUCCAGAGUGGAGUUAGAUAAUCUCUGCAAACUUUACAAGAAAUUAACUACCAAUUUCAAUCAACAACAUAUUGAACAAUCGAUAUCCAUCGGUAGAAAGCCACAAUCAAGGCCAGUUGUCGAGGGAAUCGACAGAAACAUUUUCCGAGAACUCCUUCACAAUACAUUUCACGUGAUCACAGAAGACACUUUAGUGGAGCGUCUAUUUUGUUGUUGGGAUCGAGAAAUCGAGGGUGUUAUUCGAUUAGAACCUUGGAUUAUGGGACUUGACGUGUUUUUGCGAGGUAGUUUGCGUGACAGAAUCACUUUCUGCUUCCGUGUAUAUGAUCUGAAUAACGAUGGAUAUAUCACGAAGGACGAAAUAUUUCAAUUACUCAAAAAUUGUCUGAUAAAGCAACCUGGUGAAGAGGACCCAGACGAAGGAGUGAAAGAUUUAUCGGAACUAGCCUUAAAGAAGCUCGAUGUCGAUCACGAUGGCAAAAUAUCAUUCCGUGACUAUGAAAUGGCGAUCAAGGAAGAACCGUUAUUAUUAGAAGCAUUCGGACAAUGUUUGCCUACGGAAGAAAACUGCGCAGGCUUUUUGACGACGCUUCAACCCUGAAGAUAUG